UACAAAAAAGCUGUCACUGCCGGCUCGCGAUUGAAAGUUCUGUGUGUUGUUCGCUCGCGAAUGUUUUGAAGGAAUGAUCACAAGGUCAUUUGUCACUAAGGUAAACAACAACGCACAAUUAUUCAGUUGCACAUUUUCCUCGUUCCAAACGACACGAACUCUCUCUGCAUCAUCUCGUUCAUCGUCUCCGAACAAAAUGAGUCUCGAAGACGCCAAGAAACUCGCAGCUUUCCGUGCUGUCGACGAACACGUGACAAAUAACUCAAUUUUGGGCAUCGGAUCUGGCUCAACUGUCGUCUAUGCCGUUCAACGACUUGCCGAACGCGUUCGCAACGAAAACCUCAAAGUCAUUUGCAUUCCAACGUCGUUCCAAGCGAAGCAGCUAAUUAUCGAGAAUAAACUCGUGCUCAGCGAAUUGGAUGUAAAUCCCGUCUUGGAUUUGGUUAUCGAUGGCGCUGAUGAGGUAGACAAAGAUAUGGUUCUCAUCAAAGGAGGCGGCGGAUGUUUGCUGCAAGAAAAAAUUGUCGCUUCUUGUGCCAAAAAAAUGAUCGUCAUCGCGGAUUACACGAAAGAUUCGCAAACUUUGGGCGAUCAGUACAAGAAAGGAAUCCCAAUUGAAGUUGUUCCGCUUGCUUAUGUCCCGAUCACGAAGAAAAUCGAGAAACAAUUCGGCGGAAAGAUUGUUUUGCGAAUGGCGAAGGCAAAAGCAGGUCCAUGUGUUACCGACAACGGAAAUUUCAUCCUCGAUUGGCAUUUUGAACAAAAAGGACAGGAUUGGAAUGAAGUUAAUUCACGUCUUUUGGCGAUUCCGGGAGUUGUUGAGACAGGCUUGUUCGUUAAAAUGGCGGAAAAAGCUUACUUUGGACAAGCUGAUGGAAGUGUUAGCAGCAAACCUUUGCCGAAAAUGGUUUCUGAUAUUCUCUAAAAUGAAAAUUUUUAAUUUUUAAGCUUUUAAAGUUGCCAUAAAAUGUACUCAGUUUCCUUAGAAAUUUUUAAAAAAUAAAAAAAAAAUUAUAAAAUUUUUUUUUGGGUUAAAAUAUUAAAAUAUUCGGGUAAAAAUGUAAGAAAAAAUUAAAUUUUAAUAAUAAUUGUUUUUUUUUAAAUUAAAAUAUUUUUU